AUGCCCUACUUCUCUCCAUCGCGGUCGAGGAGCCGCGGUGACCGAAGGGGAGGGGGCCGAGACCGGCGCAGGUCUCCGUCCUUCAGACGUCGAGAUGACUCUCGACAGCGGUCGCCGCUCACCCGCAGUUCGAGGCCACGUGCGGAAGGCUCAGGUGGCAGGACGAACAGCGACAGACGAUCUCCCCUGCCUCGGGAGCCGAAAUCCGGUUUGGGGUCCCAGCCCAGCGAGGAUCCUCCGACCAAAAACGAGAUGCCAGCCGACAACUCUGACUCCAAAGGUGGAGAGGUUGAAACGAAGGUUGUCGAUGGCAUCGUGACUCGAGCAGGGGCACAAACGUACCUGUCUGAGAUCUACGUUCCACGCCUGCCUCCUUUGCGACCUGGCACGAUCUGUGUCAGAGGACCACUCCGCUUUGAGAAGGACAUCGCUGAAGACGAUUGUCGGCGGUUGGCCAACGCCCACGCAGAGGGUGGCUACAAAAAGGUGCAAGAGGUGCGAAACAUACUUCGUGCAGAAGCAAAGUGA